GCCCCGCCCACAUCCAAGAUGGCGCAGGCGGCCUCAGGCGGCGGCGGUGCCGGGCCAUGCCCGCUGCUGCUGCCGGUGCUGCUGCUGUUCCUCCCGGGGCUGGCGGCCGGUCCCGCCGGGAUGCUGCAGCCCCGGGACACCCCCUCCCGCGAGCGCAGGGAGCUCGGCGGCCUCUGGAGCUUCCGCGCCGAUCUGUCUCCGGGCAGGGACGCCGGCUUCGCGCAGCGCUGGUACCGGCGGCCGCUCCGGCAGACUGGCCCCGUGAUUGACAUGCCAGUGCCUGCCAGCUUCAACGACAUCACUCAGGACCCCAGCCUGGAGAAUUACAUCGGCUGGGUGUGGUACGAGAAGGAGGUGCUGCUCCCCCUGCGCUGGCUGCAGGGCGAUCCCGCCCCCAGGGUGGUGCUGCGCUUCGGGAGUGCCCAUUACUACUCCAUCGUGUGGGUGAACGGGGUGCAGGUGGUGGAACACGAAGGGGGGCACCUGCCCUUUGAGGCUGACAUCAGCAGCGUGGUGCAGGGCAGCCCAGACACCCUGUGCCGCAUCACCGUCGCCCUCAACAACACCCUGACCCCCCACACGCUGCCCCCAGGCUCCAUCCAGUACAUGACUGACAAAUCAAGGUACCCCAGGAAUUAUUUUGUGCAGAACACCAGGUUCGAUUUCUUUAAUUAUGCUGGAAUCCACCGCCCAGUUGUGCUGUACACCACUCCUGCUGCCUACAUCGAUGACAUCACUGUGACAACCACCUCAUCAGACAGUGUUGCCAUGGUGCAGUAUCAGGUGGCAGUGGUUGGCAGCACAGCCAGUUCCCUGUCCCUGAGUUUACGUGACCAAGAGGGGAAGGUGGUUGCUACAGCUGAUGGCCCAGUGGGAGAGCUCAAAGUCCUCAACCCAAACCUCUGGUGGCCUUACCUGAUGCACGAGAACCCUGGAUACCUGUACUCCUUGGAGGUGAAGAUGCAGGCCCAGGUGGGCGAGGCGCUGCUGGAGGACGUGUACACGCUCCCGGUCGGCAUCCGCACCGUGCACGUCACCAGCACCCAGUUCCUCAUCAAUGGCAGGCCCUUCUACUUCCACGGUGUCAACAAGCACGAGGAUGCAGAUAUCCGUGGCAAAGGCCUGGACUGGCCCCUGAUUGUGAAGGACUUCAACCUGCUGCGCUGGCUGGGGGCCAACUCCUUCCGCACCAGCCACUACCCGUACGCCGAGGAGAUCAUGGACCUGUGCGACGCCUACGGCAUCGUGGUCAUCGACGAGAGCCCGGGGGUGGGCAUCAAACUGCCAGAGAGCUUUGGGAACAAGUCCCUGCAGCAUCACCUGGCUGUGAUGGAGGAGCUGGUCCGCAGGGAUAAGAACAGGCCCUCAGUGGUCAUGUGGUCAGUGGCCAACGAGCCGGCGUCAGAGCUGCCCCCAGCUGCUCACUACUUCAAGACAGUGAUAGCUCACACUAAAGCUCUCGACCCCUCCAGACCAGUCACCUUUGUGACAGAUGCUAAUUACGCUCUUGAUCGUGGUGCUCCCUAUGUGGAUGUGAUUUGUGUGAACAGCUACUUCUCCUGGUACCAUGACCCAGGCCACCUGGAAGUGAUCCCAGUCCAGCUCACAGCCCAGUUUGAGAACUGGUAUAAAACCUACCAAAAACCCAUUAUCCAGAGUGAAUAUGGAGCAGACUCGGUGCCUGGGCUGCACAGUGACCCACCCCUGAUGUUCAGUGAGGAGUACCAGCAGGCCAUGCUCAGGGAGUACCACUCCAUCUUUGACAAGAAGAGGAAGGAGUACGUGAUCGGGGAGCUCAUCUGGAAUUUUGCUGAUUUCAUGACCAAUCAAGGGACCACACGAGUUUUGGGGAACAAGAAAGGAAUCUUCACCCGCCAGCGCCAGCCUAAAGCAGCCGCGUUUGUUCUUAGAGACAGAUACUGGAAGAUUGCAAAUGAAUCAAGCUGUCUUCCUCCUGUAAUAACAUCACAUUCCCUCUUCCUAAAAUGAAGACAAAGGGUUUAGUGGCUGGGGAUUAUGUCAAAGUUGUUAUUAAACUUCUGUUUAAAUAAGUUUUAUGCCUGA